AGACCUUGAGGGCUCGAUCCGUGCCGCUGCUCCCCGGCGUCGCAUUCCCAGGCCGAGAUGGCGCCGCUGCUUGGGGCGCUCCUGCUCGCCUGCCCGGUCGCCGUGGCGGCCGGAAAGGGCGGCGGCGGCAAAGGAUACGCUUCGUGGGGGAGUUCAGGGAGCUCCGGUUCUGGCUGGGGCCAUGGGCGUGAAUGGGGUUCAGGACAGGGCUACCAGAGUGGCCUGGCCCACAAGGUAAAUGAGUUGUGCGAAGCUGUUGACAAGCUGACGAAAGACAGAAAGAAGAAGAAAAAGAAACGUGACCCUUCUAGCUCCACGUCGUCCUCUUCGAGCUCAUCCGAAAAGAAAAAGAAAAAGAAGAAGGGCAAAAAGGAGAAGAGUGGCAAGAAGGAGCGGAAGGUGCCGAAGUCCGGAGUAGACGAGGCGGAACGUAAGGAGCUUGCAGAAUUCCGGCGCCAGGCAGAGGUUCAGCGCAUCCGGGAGGAAGUGCUGGCGAGCGCGGCCUUCGUGCCCCCCACCGGCGGCGGUGGCUCUCAAGGAGGAGCGCGCCGUCAGGCCGAGGCUCCUCUCUCGCCCAAGACGCUGCGGGCCGUGCACGCGGAGACGCGCCUCAUGGAGCCCGGGGGCACCGUCAAGCAGCUGGUGUCGAAGGGUGCCGAUACGUGGACCGCGGUGCAGGAGGAGUUGCAGGCGCAGGCCCUCCCGGACAUCAAGAAGCUCCUUGGCCAGAUUCAUCCAGGAGGUGCCGACGCCGUGCCCCGGACGCGACACGAGGCAGUCAAGGCUCUUAUGGCAGCCCUCCAAGGCGACGCCUGAGACGACGAGCACGCAGUGGUAGUUGACUGAUCCACUCCACGCGGACCUUCCCACUCUGGCAGGGCUGCCCAGUCCAACGGUACGCUCGCCCAGGUGCGGCCCACUACCGUCAUCAUAGUCGUUGUUGCCCUCUUCGUGGGUGCACUCGCUGGCAUGUUCAUGGCUGGGGCCGCGGAGCCACAGUGGUUGCCUCGGCCAUUCGCCCGGGCGUGGAGGUACGUGUCUGCCCUCAAGGUGGUAGCCUGGGACGAGCAGUACUUCUCCGGCUGGCUGGAGCAUGUGAGUGGCGUGCCGAUCCUUUCUGCCUCUUCUGGCGCUCUGUUUGUUCUCUUUGGCUAUGCCCGGAGGGAGGCGCCCGAGUCCGGGGACGCGGGGAAUUCACACCAGGGUGCUGGGCGGCCUGGCCGGCGAGCCCGAAGGGGGCUCUCUUACUUACCUCGGGGGCCCCUGGGUGACGCGUGGGACCUCUACAGUACCUCGGGGCACCCAGGCGACGCUCGUCGAUUGAAUUCGUAAGCUCGCGCUGGUGACCCAAGCCCCGCUCAGUGCACGCGUGCUCCGACGGGGGGCUUGGCGAGUUGCGCGGCCAUCGUAUUCAGAGGUGUCGGCGCGCCGAGGCGCCUGCAAUCGGCGGGGGGUCCCAGGGCAUUGGACCGCCGCCGAUAUUUGUCCCUUCUUCCUCGCUCUUCCCUCCCUUCCAUUCCUUCGUCCUCCCCCCCCCCCCUCCCGCCGAGAGCGUCCAAAGCACUCCUAGGUAUUCCAGUGGUGCUCGUUCUCUUGCUUCCAGCGCGUGUCUUCACACGGCACCCGCGCAGUCUUUGGCUUACACUGUGUUGCAUCGUUCUGCACGCGUAAUCUCCGCACGGCACGCGUAUAACCCUCUUGUGCAAUGUAGCGUAGCAGCAGUGCACAGGAUGUCAGCAUGUUUUUCUGUCAUUGCUCACGGGAAUAAGGAUGGUCAGCUUCACAGCUUUAACUCGGAAUCCUCCGGCUCCACGGGGGGAGCUGGUCUGGAAGGUAGUUCGGGGCUGCCAGGUGCACGGAUCCAGGAGACGUAGAGCGUGCUCCGGGAAGGGCUUCUCCGGAGCACGUUAUUCAGGGUCGCCUGGCAGCCUUCAUAGGCCCAAGUGGCUGCCCAUCGCGGGCGGCACGGGGUGCUAGCAGCAUACCGGGUGCUCACGGAAUCCCCCAGACCCGGCACUUGGGCAGGGGAGGAGCGAGCUGUUUCGCGCAAGGGUGAAAAAACAGUCCAGCGCUCCGACCAUUCUUGCUUACUCC